AUAAGAAUAUAAAGAGAAGUGACAAAUUUAUCUUAGUAAUAUGUAAAUGGGCCUUCGUAAUCUAAUUGAAAACCCGAAUUUAUCAAUUCAGAGGCCCGGCCUGAAUCUCAAGCCCAAGUGAAAUUAUUUUUUUUCAUUUUUAUGAGCUUUUAUUACAACGGGAAUUGGGAGAGAGGAGAUCAGAAACCCCGAUGGGUGACUUCAGUGAAGCCACCUCCUCCGCGGCCGCAGCCGCUGCUUCCGCCGCUAACGAUGAUCUUCUUCUCAAGAAAUUCUUCGCCGAGGUCAGCGAGGUCGAGCGCGAUAAUGAAGUCAGCAGGAUCCUUUCAUGUUUCAAGUUAAAUGCUUUUGAGUAUCUUAACCUUCCAUUUACAUCCUCUAUUGAAGAUGUGAAAAGGCAAUAUCGUAAGUUAUCAUUGCUUGUUCACCCUGACAAAUGCAAACAUCCACAAGCAAAGGAGGCAUUUGGAGCUUUAGCUAAAGCUCAGCAACUGUUACUCGACCAACAAGAGAGGGAUUAUAUUCUGAACCAGGUUAAUGCUGCAAAAGAGGAACUUAGAGCAAAAAGGAAAAAGCAGCUAAAAAAAGACACCGCAACCAAAUUAAAGUCAUUAGUGGAUGAGGGGAAAUAUGAGCAGGAAUAUGAACGAUCGGAGGAAUUCCAGCUGCAGUUGAAAUUGAAAGUUCGAGAACUCUUAACAGAGCAAGAGUGGAGGAGAAGAAAGAUGCAGAUGAGGAUAUCUGAGGAAGAAGGUAGAUUAAAGAAAGACGAAGAAGAAACAAAGGAGAUGUGGAAACGAAAGCGUGAACAUGAGGAGCAGUGGGAAGGGACAAGAGAAAAGAGGGUUUCUAGCUGGAGGGACUUUAUGAAGGGAGGAAAGAAGACUAAGAAGGGCGAGCUUCGACCACCGAAGCUGAAAACAGAGGAUCCAAACAAAUCGUAUGUUCAAAGGCCACUCAAACGAGGGUGAAACUAGUAUGCUUUGAGAUGUAGUGCUAGCAACUGUUUUAACAUGUCUUUGCUGUGGCCCAAUUUAGUUAGUGAAUACCAUCUUCUCUCAAUCAAGAGACAAGCAUCUUUUAUUGGAAUAUGGAAUGUACAAUAUUUACCCAUAUAUAGUUUGCUUAAUAUAA